UUGUUCCAGAGGACGGAGGACGGAAGGCGGAGGAAGCCCUUAAAACACAAUUCUGAGUCUCAAACGUGGAAGUUUGAAUCUUUUCUUUCUUCCCUUUUUUCCUGUCAGAUGGAUUUGCCUAUUCAAGCUAUUUUCAAUGAAUUUGUUUCCGAUCUAACUCCUCUGUCAUCCAGAGAUUUCUACUUCACAGCUUCCGCUUUUCACAGUAAUUCAAUUACAUCUUUUCGGUCUUGGUUCUAACAGAUUUUACGAAGAUGGGUAAACGUAGUAGUCGUCGUAAGAAUGCAUCGAUGUUGGAUAGUGAUGAUGAUGAUACUCUUAGUUCGUCAUCAACGGUCAUUUCUGACUGGACGGUUCCGGAGAUAGAAGACUCGCAAGUAAAACUGCAAGGUGCUGGCACCAAAUUAUUAGAUGAAUGUGUGGAUGCUUUAUUUGAAAAGAGGGGAUCCACAAGAGAGAAGGCUUUAUCAGCGAUUGUGGAUGCUUUUACCAACAAGCUACAGCAUCAAUUUGUGGAGAAAAACUGUGUUACUCUUCUUCAUCCUUGCCUCAAUUCCAUAAAAAAGGGAUCAAGCAAAGAGAAAUCUCUAGCUUCACGUGCCAUUGGAUUGCUGGCUCUUACUGUUGGUUGCGGGAACAAUGCUGCUGAAAUUUUGGAAGAGUCAAUUCCUCCUCUUUCUCAAGCUCUAAAAUCUGGUUUAGAAUCAACUAUGUCAUCUGUAUUGGAAUGUUUGGCUAUUGUCUCUUUUGUUGGUGGAAAUGAUCCAGAUGCAACUGAAAGAUCCAUGCAAAUUAUGUGGCAAAUUAUUCAUCCAAAGUUGGGUCCUAACGUGAGUGCAAGUAAAAUUGCACCUGCUGUAUUAACCGCUGCAAUAUCUGCUUGGUCGUUUCUUCUUACGACUGUGAAUGAAUGUAAAAUAAAUUCAAAAAGUUGGCAAGACUCAAUUUCUUACUUUUCGAAUCUUCUAGACAAAGAUGAUCGAUCCAUCCGCAUUGCGGCUGGUGAAGCAAUAGCUCUUAUUUUUGAGAUAGGACAGCUAGAUAAGUUAUCUGGUGAAGACAGGCAUUCUAGUGAUAGCUCAGUUCAUGAAGGCAAUAAUUCCCAAGAAAGAUAUGCUUAUAUACAAGGAUUGAAGGGGAAAAUCCUAAGUCAAGUGAGAAACCUUUCUGUUGAGGCAGGUGGUAAAGGUUCAACUAAUAAGAAAGAUCUUGGUAGCCAGAGGAACUUGUUCCGGGAUGUUGUUGAAUUUUUGGAGGAUGGUUAUUGUCCACAAACCUCAAUAAAGAUCGGUGGAGGUAUACUAAACACAUCAACAUGGUCACAAUUGAUACAGUUGAACUUUUUGAAGCGUUUUCUGGGAGGUGGAUUUCCCAAGCAUAUGCAGGAAAAUGAACUGCUCCAUGAUGUUUUUGAGUUCACUCCUAAGAAAAGACAGGCUCUAGGCAGUGAACUUCUGACUAGCGGUCAAAAGCUGUCCAGAAAAGCCAUGAUACAUCUACCCAUUGUAAAACAUGAAGCUAGUUUUCAGAGGUUGUUCAAGUCACCAAAUUCUGUCCUCAACAAGGCCAGGACUCAAUUUCUGAACAAGCAGCGUAUGUUAUCUCAGGAUAAGAAUGCUGGGCACUUUGUAUGUGGUCCUGGGAGUGAGGAAGCUUAAAUUGCAAUUGGCUCAAAUCAUGGGGUAUGGUUAUCUUCAGGGACUGUAAAUUGAAUUAUUAUAGGUCAUAUGAUUCCCCCUUUUGGUGAUUGUAUUAGACUAGUUCAGAGAACAAAAGGAAAUUAUUCAAUUAUAUUGAUA